AUAUAAAAUGACGAUAUGUUGUUUUGAUUGUUACUUAUGUAUAAAAUGUUAUUUUACAUAAAAAUACUCAAUUAUAAUCACAUUAUUGAAGUUAUAACUUUUCUUAAUGUUGAUAUAGAGAACAUAUUUUAAAAUAUUUUUGAAAUAAUUAUGAUGGAAGCACAAACAGAUAUUUCUGUUUUGCGACCACCAGUUAAUUUAAGAAAUAUAAAUACUGGCAAUGUUUUUUACACACCUUUAACUUCAUUUGCUGAAAUGUGGUAUCAAAUAUUUUUAUGGGCCCUAUUUUCUUCUAUUUUUGUUCAUACUAUAGCUGGUGCAAUUUGUUUUGCUACAUUAAGACAACAUAAAUAUGGAAAAUUCUUCCCAUUGUUGAUUAUAAUAAUGGGUGUAAUAUUACCACUAACAUCAGGAGUUCUUAGCUCUGCUGCUGUUGCUUUUGUAUACAGAGCAUCUCGAUAUCCACUGCCACCAUUAUAUGCAUUAUUUUGGGGUAUUGGUCAAACUGUUGUAGCAGGAUGUGUUGGGUUUACAAGAAUAUUAGCAACUUUAUAAUAUAAAUUAAAAUGCACAAAAUAUUGUUAUUCAGAAAUGUUAUAUGUAAUAUAUUAUGAGAAUUUUCAAAAUUUGAAGAACAAA